CCGCCUGCGCGCCGCCUUGCGUAAGAGCCCAGGGGCGGGGUGGAGGCGUUGGCGCUGCCACGUCUAGCCAGCGGUUCGCGUAGAGGCGGCCGCGGAGGUUACCGUGGCGCGGGAGGUGGAGAAAGAGGAGGGGCAGGCGCUGAAGCCGGAUCCGGAUCCGGUGUUGUGCACUCGUGGGUGAGAUUCCGAAAGGACCUGGGGAGGAACGCCUAUUGCGGGGCAUCUACGGGUGAGGAGACGAGGGCUGAGGAGCGGGCGCGAGAGCAGGAGCAAGUCUGGGCCGGGUGUCCAGGCCCGGUCGCUGGGCCUGCCUUCUGAUUUAUCAAACAGACCUUAUUACAAAGAUGAAACCUGAUGAAACUCCUAUGUUUGACCCAACUCUGCUCAAAGAAGUGGACUGGAGCCAGAAUACAGCUACAUUUUCUCCAGCCAUUUCCCCAACACAUCCUGGAGAAGGCUUGGUUUUGCGGCCUCUUUGUACUGCUGACUUAAAUAGAGGUUUUUUUAAGGUACUGGGUCAACUGACAGAGACUGGAGUUGUCAACCCUGAGCAAUUUAUGAAAUCUUUUGAGCACAUGAAGAAAUCUGGGGAUUAUUAUGUCACAGUUGUGGAAGAUGUGACUCUAGGUCAGAUUGUUGCUACAGCAACUCUAAUAAUUGAACAUAAAUUCAUCCAUUCCUGUGCUAAGAGAGGAAGAGUAGAAGAUGUUGUCGUUAGUGAUGAAUGCAGAGGGAAGCAGCUUGGCAAAUUGUUAUUAUCAACCCUUACUUUGCUAAGCAAGAAACUGAACUGCUAUAAGAUUACUCUUGAAUGUCUACCACAAAAUAUUGGUUUCUAUAAAAAGUUUGGAUAUUCAGUAUCUGAAGAAAACUACAUGUGCCGGAGAUUUCUAAAGUAAAAAUCUUAAGACAGUGGUCAAAGGAGCUAAUGCAACAAGGCUAUACUCUUCCUAGAGUUAAAAUAUUUUGUUGCUACAACCCAGUGACCUCCAUAAAAACUGCACAGAAAAAACAUUGUAAUAUUACAAGUAUGAUGACAUUUAGAAGAUUACUUUGGGCUGGUGGGACAUGCUCUAAGUUUAGAAUAUAAAUGAUUAUUAUAAAGGAGUGAUUUUUAACCAGAGGAAUAUAUUUUUAACUUGAACUUUUUCCUGCAUUGUAUUUUUCUAAAUUUUGGCUUCAUUUCUUGGUAAUCAGGAGUUAAAUAUCUACUAUCUGUACUGCUCAUUUAAAAAAUAAAACAAAAAACAUAAUUAAGUUAAUCAUGUUCAGAAAAUUAAAUAUUUUGUUUCAAAGAAAUAUAUCUAAAUAUCACUUAGGAAUGUAAAAUUUCCCACAUAUUACAUGAAAUUGAAUAAGUUAGAUAGUAGAAAUGUAGUAGUGUCCAACAUUUGUUUAACCUAAUACCAGCAAGCAACAUGGUCAGUUUUUAAAGGAGUAGAAAUGAAAACUAACUUACAAAAUGUGGUAGGGUUCAAAGUAAAACAAUUUAAAUGUAUAGUUAAAAGGUUAUAUAAUCCUAAUGUAGAUAAAAUAAUUUGUUAAAAUACCUAAGAGCAAAUAUAAUAGGAUGUAUAAGGUACUUGCUAACAGUGAAUUAGCAAAUUCUGGCAUAUUAUAUACCUCUAAUCUGAUUUCUUGUGUUUUCUUGGGUAUCUGAAGCCUUUAUGAAUAGCAUUUUUAUGGGAAAAAAAAAUGGAACAUUACAUAAUUAAUGGAUAUUUAAGAAUGUAUCAUAUUGCAUUUGUCACAUUCUUAAAAUGUUGAUGGAAGCUUUUUAUAUUUAUUAUUAUUAUAAUGGUACUAUUAUUCUGGUCACUAUCUUGUUUUGAUUUUAUUUAUUUUAAUUAUUAUUUUAAUUUGAAGAAUUAGAUACUUUAUUAAUGCUUCAAAUCUUUUGCAUUCCAUGUUACAUUAAAUCUGUGAGGAAGUCUUUUGUUAGAAUCCUAAUGUUGUCUGUGCGUUUGUUGAGUCUUUUAUUGAACCCUGCUAGGUCAACUACUGGUUCGUCAAGUUUUAGUUUUAUGUACUCUUUGUAAAAUGAACCUGGAAAGUAAAGACAACCUGUUUCUCAUUUGACUCACCUACCUUAACUGGAUUUUGGAUUUUCCUUCAUGCGGUCACUUAAGUCAAUUUUGCAUAACUUUUAAUGUAGAAACUUGUCACCAAUAGAGAGCACACUACUAAUCUAAUGACUAUACAGAUUAACUGAAUAGAUGGGUCAUUUUGAUCUGGUCUCUACUGCAAGUAAAAAGCUACUUUUGUCUUUUGAGGAGUCCUACCACCAUGGCAUAUGUCAAUCACUCUAUUAUGUAUAUCCUGGUAAUUAAAAACCCAUGUUAAAAAAUAAGCCUAAGAAAAGGCAAAAUUGUCUAAUAAGGUUGGUAUUUUAAUAAAUCCCUUUAAAUGGUGUUAAUUCCGUUUCUUAUAGGAAAUAGAAUUAUAGGAAAGUUACACUACAUAAAAAUUGUGUCACUGAAGGAAAUGGUGACUUGCAUUUAGCUUUAAUUAGAGCAUAUUUAUAAUUUUCUAAGCCAUAUUGAGUAAACUUGAGUAUGAAAAAAAGCUGCAAACAUUUCAGAACAUGAACCACAUGUGCGCUGUUUGCUUUUUAAAAAGAAUGAAGCAGUUGUGAUUUUUACUGUGUCCCACACACUUGAGUAUGAAUGAAAUAUUGGUUUUAAAAAGAAAUAAAGCAGCAGUUGUGAUUUUUACCGU